UUAAUACAAUUUUGUUUUUGUGCAGUUCAGCAGACAGUCAUGGCCGCUUGCAGUAAUCUUGUAGCUGUCCGCUUGUUCGCUCGAGGACUUUCUAGUUUUCGAUAUGGAACCUCAAUAUACAGCCGGCGGCUUGUACACUCUGACAAAGCAAACAGAGAUGAUGGCGUGGAAAACACAGUCACGACUCCUGCCCAAGCAGAGAAAAUGCCAGUUUUCAUUGAUAAUGAUCUCGUUGCUAAUAUGCUUGAUAACAUGAAGGAUGACAUGCCAGUUUCUAGUAUGCCUGAUCCAUUCAAGCCUGAACAGAAGCGGUGCAUAUUAUGUAAACAUAACAUCGAUGUAGACUAUAAGAAUGUUCGUCUUUUGAGUCAGUUUGUGUCCCAUAUACAGGUCGAAUUUAUGGUCGAGCAGUAACAGGACUGUGCAUACCGAUGCAGAAACAUGUGACUCAAAUGAUCAUCAGAUCUCGUAAAGCAGGUUUUAUGCCAUUCAUCCUGAAGCAUCAUAAGUACCUUAAAGACCCUAAGCUUUUUGAUCCUUUCAAACCAGCCAAGUGACCAAGAUGACUUUAACUCAGCACCCAUAUGUAGAGGUCAAUGUGCUUUACAUGUUCACAAAAAUAUUUGUAAAUAAAGUUCUCAGCUUUUCUAAA